AUGAAGUCCAGGCCGCUAAGAUUGCUUCUCCCUGAGGGACACAGACAUCUGCAACCUAUAUAUAUGGACAAGUCGCACACAUCGUACGCUUUCUUCACGGGCUACCCAUGGACAAAAUCUAUUGGUAACUUUCCAUACAAACACGACUACCCUGGCUCUGAUCUACACGAUCUCGCAUAUCCGCAUGCCAAGGAUCCAAAUCAAGCCGUCGACGAAGAGGAUUCGAAUCAACUCAUCGAUAAGUGGAUUCCUGAACUUCUCUCCGAUGAGGAGACUGCACAAAACUUGACCAAGAUUUUGAUGGCAGAGGUAGAAACGGCAUGGGGGGAUGCCAGCGCAUUGAAGAAUUCGCUAAACGUAAACAUUCUUACCGGCCUUCUCGAACACGUCAACGCUGCUCAGCUAAAAGAUAUUGUCAAUCGGUCUUGGCUCAAGUUGUUCGAUCAGUGGUGGUCCUUUGCUUCUGAUGCGGCAGAUAGAGGCCAGACUGCAUCAUCUCCCACCACUCAGACUAAGGAAGGUGCCGCAUCUUGGUUUGCAUAUUGGUUUGGCAAGGACUAUCCUCUCCCCGAAGGCCGCGAUAUCGAUGUCACCGAAUGCUUUCGCAGGUCGCUUGACGACGUCGUAUAUCUGGAAUCACUCUCAAGACCCGGCGGUGACAAGCGUUGGAAUUCACUCUUUCAUUUCCACGACUACGCCGAGGAGCAGGUGGGAAAAGAAUGGUUUGUUACACACAGAGUAAAUAUGCUCCCAUUUCUCAACCAAGAGGACCUUUCGGACCCCCAAAUUCUUCGGUCGCUCAUUCUCAACCGCAUCGCCAACCACCCCCGAGUCUUUGCUCGUGCAGACUGGGAAGGCUGUCACCUUGGAAGGGCUGGUAAGUUCUGUGUCCCGGCCUAUCACGACAACUGGUUCAUGGGCUUCCCACCAGAGGCUGAGCUACUGGACAUGAAACAGCCUCACGAGAGACGUGAGUACUUCCACGACUAUGCUGUCGUCUUCAAGGACCCCACAGGCGAGGACACGAAAGAUGGACUGUUCCCGCGGUUGAAGAAGGCUGGCCUCCUGUUUGGAUGGGAAGAAGGCAUCAUGGUCCUCGCAAUACAGGCCGUGACGCUGCGCUUCGUCAAAGUCGUAGCCGAGGACUUGUCGGCUUAUGUUGAUGGGUUGCGAAGCCGGGGCGAAGAUCUCAACGGUCAACCGGUGUCCAAACAUCUUCCCAUUUGCAAGGCCCAUACUUGGAAAACAAUUCCGACGGAACUUCUGAGAUUCGAUGCCGUCGGCAAGGGGCUGGCUACCAGUGGCCAGUUUUUCCCACCCUCUGUUACUGCGUCAAGCUGGGAUGUCGAAUUCAAGUCCCGCUUGGAGAAGCGAGCGGCUUUCGCAAAGGAACAACUGCGAGAGUUGUGUCAUGAUCCGGCCGUUUUCCGACGCAGCAUUCAGAAUCAGUACGAUCAACACUAUGGCCACAUCACGGAUUCUUCAGACAAUGAGAACGAUGAAUAUCGCAUUUUGCCUCACAUCACGAACACAGAUAUUGACGCGAAGAAGGCAUUGGUCAACGAUCUCAUCCGACGAGUUAUCAGUCGAGCCGUAUUCGAAGUUGAAAUGUGGCAAUGCCUGCUCGACAAAUUAGAAAGACUGCGCAAGCUUGCCGAGGACGAGAACAUCAACCUAGACGACAGGACCGAGCAACUGGACGUGCAAGGGCCCGUCAUGGACGCCUGGGUUGAUCUGGGAUUCCAUGCGCGCUGGAUCGCCGCACUACAUGUCAGACAUCUGUUCGAUCACGGCGGUCUGCUCGCGACUCACUCCAUCAGGGAUUACUUCCGCCGUACCCAAACGUGGGAUAAUCUAAGACCCGAAGCUCCAUCAGAUCAGUGGACACUUCCGAGGGAAGGCCGUAUCAAAAUGGACUUCUCUGCGGUGGCUGGCUACAAGAAACCGUUGAACGUUGAGGGAUGGGAGGAUGUCAGACUUGCAACCGAUGCGGUUCACAGAGGCCUCUCGUCCUUUUACUCCAUAGGCCGGAUCGGAUUGCCCAAGUUAAUCCAGAAAAUGCAUUCUGAUCGGCGUCGUCACGCCCUUCUCGGAGUUCAGCCGAUGGUCAGCGAGGACUACACGGCAAUCUUUGAGGCUGGCUUGCUGAGUCAGAGAAUGGAAGCCAUGCAGCCUUUCGGGGGCGAUCUUUCCACCGACGAUAUGACAGAUCUAAGGGAGAAAAGUCCUAUCUGGCAGUUCUUGAAAGAGUACGACCACUUUCCCUUCGAGAAGCAUAUCGAUCAAGAGACGCUGAGAUUGGUUCACUGGUUUCUUGGGGUGACAUACUACCAUCCAAGCUUGCCCGAAUCGCAAAGCAGACCCUUUGGGUUGGUUCAGAAAUGGUUAGACGGCUUCUGGACCGAGAUUGCCACAUGGCUGGAAUCUGGAAACGUUUGGCGUCCGCAGAAGACCUCGGUCAACAUCUUGAGCCAGGCUUUCAACGAACUGCAGAUGUCGGUCGGUAUCAAAGACAUCGACAAAGACUUCCGAAUGCAGGACGAUGUUUUCGACGUGGAGGAGAAAAUAGAGGACGAGCCAAUGGUCGACUACUCCGAGGUACUGGACAGUGACGCUUCGGCACUGACAGCACCCAUAGUAAACUAUGGCGAGGUCAAGAUCAUCAGUGAGGACGACUUCCCAGGCUCCAAACUAGUAGAGAUUACCAACUACGUAUAUGAAUGUGGUGAGAAGGUAAUAGCAAGAACCAUCUUUCCGCAACCGCAGAAGGAAAAGGAAAGGGGAAAGAGGCCGGCUCGAAAGAGAAAGAGAGCCAAUGCCCAGGGGAAGGUCACCAAGGCGACCGCUCGGCACUCCUCUCAUCCAUCCACAUUCUUCAAAGCCUGGAAAACAUUCGACAAGGGGGGUAUCCGCUUUCAGGAAGGCAUAUUUAAUGUCACAAACAUUUGCGGCAAGAUAACCAACCUCCGACCUGCCAACUACGAAGAACCCCCGACCGAGUUCGUGAUGCCUACUCGCAACGGCAUGAUACGCAGAGAGGAGCUCAAGAAGGUGACCAUGGAACUUGCAAAGUGCCAGCGAGGCGAUGAUUACAAGAGGCACCUCAAUGAUCUGAUGGCAGCCGACCCCCUUCGAGGCACGAACAAGAUCAGGAAGAAAGAGUGGAGGACCAUGGAAAUCAUCUAUGGGGAUCAUAGCACCAAACGAAAGAUCACGUACAAAAAUGUCGAAGAUCUAUUCGUUCGCCUGGGAUUCGAAUUCGGAGAUGGAAGUGGGAGUCGGGAGAAACUUCAAUGGACCGAAAAUUCUCACAUCCCGAGAGAGAAGCUGAAUAAUAUGGAUUCUCAAGUACACCCAUUGCACAGGAAGGCCGACACUUUGAAUGAAAGCUUCAUCAGCAGCCUCAAGAAACUCUUAGAAGACUGGUUCGGUAUCUCUCAAGAAACAAUCAAAACGUAUUACCAACGAGCGGGCCCGGAGUAUGAACUGGUUUCAGACUCGAGGACUGGUAAGGAUGGCAAGGACGGUCAGGACGGCAAGAACGACAAGGACGGCCAGGAUGAUCAGCAAUUGGGGCAGGAGUGA